AUGCUGCCGGACGUGCCCGCCAUGCCACGGCUGGACGAGACGGUGAAGAGCACCGUCAACUCCAUGGUGGACAGCGUCUCCCAGCUCGUCCACCAGACCGCCGCCCCGCCGCCGCCCUCGGCGCUGCUGGCGCCCCCGGCGCCGCCGAAGCCGCCACCGGCCGCCGAGGCCUCGGGCUACUGGACCCGACCUCCGCCUCGCUUGUGUCCGCCGCCCGCCGCCAGCAUCGCACGGCAAGCGAAGGAGGCAGAACUGUUAUCUCCGCAGACAUUGUCCCCCUGGGUCCUACCCGCUGUGGAGAAAGUGGGUGCUCCCAGCGGCCCCAUGGCGGAGCACGAAGCGCAGCUGCUGGGCAGGUUGCUCCAAGGUCUGCAGGAGAGCAGUUUGUCGGUUCACGACGUGAUGGGAGUCAUGGAGUUGGACCUGAAGCGUCCCAACUACGGCGCCUCCCUCGCUGAGACCGUGGCGGCCCAGGGCUCCGCCACGCCGGUCGCCGGCGCCGCGCCGGUCGCCGCGGGCGCUGGAGAUGCUGCGGGCGCGGUCGACGCCUGCGCGCGGUGCCGAGUCUUAGAGCGACAGAUCCAAGCCUUGGCGCAGGCCUUAGCAGGACUCGGCGCACGGGUCUUCAACUGGACCGCUUCUGGCCUUUCACUCAGGUCGCAGAAGACUUUCCUUUGGGACAUGACUCAGCAAUACCUGCAGCCAUGUGCUCACUUGGAUGGCCGCCUAGCAGAGACAUGCUCCUCGCUGGCAGCCGCCCUCAAACGCGACUCGCGGAAGGUGCCACUGGCAGCACCAGGAGGACAUGGUUUGACCAGCUCCCCCCGCAGAGAUGAGCAGCCCAGACCAGGCGCCAUGGCAGCGCCCGUGACUGAAGAGGUGCUUGUCUCUUUCAAAGCCACCUCUGAAGCAAAGAAGCUCAACGGCGUCUACCGGCGCCGGACGGAUCUCCAGGUGAAUGGGCGCCCGGUCUAUUGCAAUGGCAAUCGGCACCUCCUUUUCAUGGCCGAUGGUGCUUGGGUCAUCAAAGAAGGUCCCAGCAGCGAGGAGGGGGCCUACGCGGGAGGACUCAGAGGCACAAGAGCCGUUUGGUGUUCGAAGACCCUGGCAGACCUGGUGGACUGCACCCCGUCCUCUUUUCCUUCGCCCCGCGGGCCGCCGGCGGGUCCUGGUCGGAACGCGACGGACGAGGUCAUGGAUGACCGGGACGGCUUCGUGGUGGAACGGGAGGGGCUGGUGAGGGAAACCAUCAGUGGCGCGAUCUUCUUCGCCCGAUUUCUUCGCCGAAACUGCACCGUGCCAAGCAACACCCUGUCACCAGCUUCGAUCGAGAAAGCCACACCGCCUGAAACCUUGGAGCUUGUGCAGAUCGCUGCGGCGGUGUGGUGUGGUGUGGCGGGAAGCCGCCGCUCUGUGUCGUUCGCUCACGACGAGCGUCGUUCGCACGCGGAGCAGGUGGAGUUGCGCGUGUCGCCGAAGAAGAGGUGGAUGCUGGAGCCAGCAAUUGGCCCAGUGGAUGACCAGGAUGCUUUUAGGCUCGCAGGUCGUGGUGUCUCACUGACACCAGCCAAUGGCGCCGAAGUCUUCACCGAACAGGUGAUUUCGGAGGACAUCUUCGAAGGCUAUCUCCAGGCCCUGCGCAAGGCCGCAGACGCUUGGCAGCGCGAGGCCGCAGACCCGCGCGAGGAAUGCUGCUUUUAUGGUGACGAGCCACAGAGAGGCCCCAGUGGCCCCAGCGGCCCGCCGGACCACGACGACUUCCAGAUGAUGUCACCCACCUCUCUGGCCAACCUCAACGCCCAGACGGAAAGCGCACGGGAGGUGCCGGGCAGCGCCAAGGUCUAUGGCUUCAUCGACUUCUCGGAGUGCAAUGUGGCCUCCCACAUGCCGAGUGAGAGCCCUUCCAGGCAGACCUCAGCGUGUGAUGAUUUGAAAGCAGCGCUGCAGGAGGCGCAGGAUCAGGUCGCCACGCUGACGCGAAAAUGCCAGGUGCUUGAGGCCGUGACACGCAAGGUACACUGCUGCAGGUCCGGCGCCUUUGUCAGCGCUUGGCGCAAGAUCCGGAGACUGCACCAGAAGCAGCCGACGUGGUGA